GGAGGAAAGGCUGCUUUGGGUGGUUGGAAUCAUGUAACGUGACGGCUGGCGGGGGUCGGGCGCCUUCUAGGUAGCUAGGAAACGAUGAAGCGCAUUUGGCCAGCCCGGCGUCUCCGAAACAUCGUUAUUAGUGAAUAGAGAUGUCUUGCAUUUUUUAUUCUUCAUGCUUUGUUUGACCUUGGCUAGGUAUCUUUGGUCGGAGCGUAGACUGGUUUGGUGUUUGCGGCCCCUUCUCGAGGACUGCUCCUUGUUCCCUUUGGUCAUGCAUCAGUUUCACUCGGGGCAGUUAAGCACAAAAUGCCAAGGAUUGGCUUUGUCACGUGCGCUGUUCACAGCCAUUGCUCCAACCCCACCAAAAGUGUUAGGGCUCCGCUGCUAUUGGCUCGGACCACCCCAGCUCAAUCUCACACAAAAAACCAAACCUCCAAAUUUCCUAGCUGUUUUCUUCCCUUCCGUGGCCGGACCUGGGGGAAUUUUCCAACAAACAACACGCCCAACCGCGGAACUUCAGCAACCAUGUCUCACCGGAAGUACGAGGCCCCUCGCCAUGGCUCUCUGGCGUUCCUGCCGCGGAAGCGCGCCGCCCGCCACAGGGGCAAGGUCAAGUCCUUCCCCAAGGACGACCCCAAGAAGCCCGUCCACCUGACGGCCGCCAUGGGCUACAAGGCCGGCAUGACCACGAUCGUUCGCGACCUCGACCGUCCGGGUGCGAAGGCUCACAAGAAGGAGAUCGUGGAGGCCGUGACAAUCAUUGAUACCCCACCUAUGAUAGUUGUGGGUCUGGUUGGCUACAUCGAGACUCCCCGCGGCCUGCGCUCCCUGACCACCGUAUGGGCGGAGCACCUGAGCGACGAGGUCAAGCGUCGGUUCUACAAGAACUGGUACAAGAGCAAGAAGAAGGCCUUCACCAAGUACGCCAAGAAGCACUCGGAGAACAACGGCGCGUCCAUCACGCGCGAGCUGGAGCGCAUCAAGAAGUACUGCACCGUCGUCCGCGUCCUGGCGCACACCCAGAUCCGCAAGACGCCGCUCAAGCAGAAGAAGGCCCACCUCAUGGAGAUCCAGAUCAACGGCGGCUCCGUCGCCGACAAGGUCGACUUCGGCUACGGCCUCUUCGAGAAGCCCGUCUCGAUCGACACCAUCUUCGAGAAGGACGAGAUGAUCGACGUCAUCGCCGUCACCAAGGGCCACGGCUUCGUCGGUGUUACCGCCCGCUGGGGUACCAAGAAGCUGCCGCGCAAGACUCACAAGGGUCUCCGCAAGGUUGCCUGUAUCGGUGCCUGGCACCCGUCCCACGUCCAGUGGACGGUUGCCCGUGCCGGUCAGAUGGGUUACCACCACCGUACCUCGGUCAACCACAAGAUCUACCGCAUCGGCAAGGGCGAUGCGGACGACAAUGCGGCCACCGAGGUCGACGUCACCAAGAAGAAGAUCACUCCCAUGGGUGGCUUUGUUCGCUACGGCGAGGUCAACAACGACUACGUCAUGGUCAAGGGCUCCGUUCCGGGUGUCAAGAAGCGUGUCAUGACUCUCCGCAAGUCGAUGUUCACGCACACGUCGAGGAAGGCGCUCGAGAAGGUGGAGCUCAAAUGGAUCGACACGUCGUCCGAGUUCGGUCACGGUGCUUUCCAGACCCCGGCGGAGAAGAAGCAGUACCAGGGUACGCUCAAGAAGGACCUGGCCGCCAGCUCAUAAGGCAGCUCUCGGGUUCUUUGCUCUUUUUCUCGGGUUUUACAAUGGCAAUGGUGUCACGGUUCUCGUUGCUCUUUUGGGUCGGGGAUUAUGGUUU